AGUGCUCGGCUUCCCGGAAGUGCCCGAUUGGCUGACAGAGCCCAGACUCGCCGGAUCGCUGCAGCUGGAGCGUUUCUAGUCUCCGGCGUGAGUGGCCGUAGGAGGUGCGGCUCCGGGUCCGGGUGGCCGUCGGGAGGGAGCUGGCGGCAGGAUGAUGGAGGAGGAGGAACUGGAGUUCGUAGAAGAGCUGGAAGCCGUGCUGCAGCUCACGCCCGACGUGCAGCUCGCCAUCGAGCAGGUAUUUCCAAGCCAGGAUCCUCUAGAUCGAGCAGAUUUCAAUGCUGUGGAGUAUAUCAACACCCUGUUCCCAACAGAGCAAUCUCUGGCAAACAUUGAUGAAGUCGUGAACAAGAUUAGACUGAAAAUAAGGAGACUGGAUGACAACAUUCGAACUGUCGUAAGAGGUCAAACAAAUGUGGGACAGGAUGGCAGGCAAGCACUUGAAGAGGCCCAGAAAGCAAUACAGCAGCUUUUUGGAAAAAUCAAAGAUAUCAAAGACAAAGCAGAAAAAUCAGAGCAAAUGGUGAAGGAAAUCACCCGCGACAUUAAGCAGUUAGAUCACGCCAAACGCCACCUGACCACCUCGAUCACAACGCUGAACCACCUGCAUAUGCUGGCGGGUGGCGUGGAUUCCCUCGAAGCCAUGACCAGGCGAAGGCAGUACGGAGAAGUUGCUAAUCUUCUUCAGGGCGUAAUGAAUGUUCUGGAGCACUUCCACAAAUAUAUGGGCAUUCCACAGAUCCGGCAGCUUUCUGAAAGAGUGAAGGCGGCCCAGACUGAGUUAGGACAGCAAAUCCUGGCCGAUUUUGAAGAAGCUUUUCCUUCCCAGGGCACGAAGAGGCCAGGAGGACCCAGCAACGUUCUACGAGAUGCAUGUCAGGUUGCUAACAUCUUGGACCCCAGAAUCAAACAGGAAAUCAUCAAAAAGUUUAUUAAACAGCAUCUGUCAGAGUACCUAGUACUUUUUCAAGAAAACCAAGAUGUUGCCUGGCUGGACAAAAUCGACCGUCGCUAUGCCUGGAUCAAACGCCAGCUCGUGGACUACGAGGAGAAAUAUGGCCGGAUGUUCCCACGUGAGUGGUACAUGGCGGAGAGAAUUGCCGUAGAAUUUUGCCACAUCACAAGGACAGAACUUGCCAAGAUCAUGCGUACAAGAGCAAAGGAAAUUGAAGUGAAAUUGCUUCUCUUUGCUAUUCAGAGAACGACUAACUUUGAGGGAUUUCUUGCAAAACGUUUUUCCGGGUGCACCCUGACAGAUGGAACGCUGAAAAAACUUGAAUCUCCACCCGCAUCCACCAAUCCCUUCCUGGAAGAUGAGCCAGCAGCAGAGAUGGAGGAACUGGCAAUGGAGAAAGGAGAUUUAGAGCAACCUAAGAAGCCUAAAGCCCCAGACAAUCCAUUUCACGGCAUUGUUUCCAAGUGUUUUGAGCCGCAUCUCUACGUGUACAUUGAGUCCCAGGACAAAAACCUUGGAGAGCUGAUAGAACGGUUUGUGGCCGAUUUCAAGGCCCAGGGCCCACCUAAGCCCAAUAUGGACGAGGGGGGUGCCGUGCUCCCCAGCUGCGCCGACCUCUUCGUCUACUACAAGAAGUGCAUGGUGCAGUGCUCGCAGCUCAGUACCGGGGAGCCCAUGAUCGCCCUGACCACUAUUUUCCAGAAGUACCUCCGCGAGUAUGCCUGGAAAAUCCUCUCUGGCAACCUGCCCAAAACCACAAGCAGCAGUGGCGGGCUGACCAUCAGCAGCCUGCUCAAGGAAAAGGAGGGCUCCGAGGCAGCCAAGUUCACCCUGGAGGAGCUCUGCCUCAUCUGCAGCAUCCUGAGCACCGCCGAGUACUGCCUGGCCACCACCCAGCAGCUGGAAGAGAAACUCAAGGAGAAGGUCGACGUGAGUCUGACUGAACGAAUCAAUCUGACUGGAGAAAUGGACACGUUCAGCACUGUCAUCUCCAGCAGCAUUCAGCUGUUGGUUCAGGACCUGGAUGCUGCCUGCGACCCCGCCCUUACGGCCAUGAGCAAGAUGCAGUGGCAGAACGUGGAGCACGUUGGUGACCAGAGCCCCUACGUCACGUCGGUCAUCCUUCACAUUAAACAGAACGUCCCCAUCAUCCGCGACAACCUGGCCUCCACGCGGAAGUACUUCACGCAGUUCUGCAUUAAAUUUGCAAACUCCUUCAUUCCGAAGUUCAUCACCCACCUCUUCAAGUGCAAGCCGAUCAGCAUGGUGGGGGCAGAACAGCUACUGCUGGACACACACUCCCUGAAGAUGGUCCUGCUUGAUCUGCCUUCCAUCGGCUCUCAGGUGGUGAGGAAAGCCCCGGCCAGUUACACCAAGAUCGUGGUGAAAGGCAUGACCCGCGCGGAGAUGAUCCUCAAGGUUGUGAUGGCCCCUCACGAGCCGUUGGUGGUAUUUGUGGACAAUUACAUCAAGCUCCUGACAGACUGCAACACAGAAACCUUCCAGAAGAUUCUGGACAUGAAGGGGCUGAAGCGGAGUGAGCAGAGCAGCAUGCUGGAGCUCUUCCGCCAGAGGCUCCCCGCCCCGCCCUCAGGACCCGAAGGCUCCAGCUCCCUGUCCCUCCUGGCUCCAACUCCAGAACAGGAGUCCUCGCGCAUCCGCAAACUGGAGAAACUGAUUAAAAAGAGACUGUAGGAGCGCCCAGGGGGCACUUUCCCCUCUGGCCGGUGAGCCACCCGCAACCGGAUCCCCGGACGCCCCUCACAUCUCCUGUGCUCCCCAGAUCCUCAGAUCAUCAGUCUUGAAACUUCCUGGGAUGUUUGGGUCAUUCCUGGGUCGCUCCCAUGCCUUGUCUUAAUUCCUGCCUGAUGGGAGAAGCCAAGUAAGGACUGGAGGCAAUCUCUGAUUCCUGUAGCAGAGGCCACAGUGGGUGAAGAAGGUUCCCGGGCUUCACUGGCUGUUCCCCAGCUGCUCCCGACUGCUCCAGUCAUCACUGACUCUGCAGCCUCGCCCGCACAGUCCUGCCCUCUGUGACUGUGGCCCUGUUCCCUUCCCUGCUCUGUCCUAGCACUGUGGGCCAGAGAGCCGGGCUCUCACGGCUUCCCCCACCUGCAGCUGUUGGAGGUGCCCUCUGCAGCCAGACCCCUAAGAGAUGUCCUCUAGGCUUGGCUCUAGGGCUCCAGUGAUGAAAUGGCAGAUGAUAGAUGUGGCAGGAGAGGUGUGGCCUUUAGCUGAGCCCUGUGAAGAAAGGAUGGCUACGUAAGAAAAGCGCAAGGGGACUUGUGGUCCAGUGGUUAAGACUCUGAGCUUCCAGUGCAGGGAGUGUAGGUUUGAUCCCUGGUCAGGGAACUGAGAUCCCAUGUGCCAUGUGGCCAAAUAAGUGGCCAAAUAAGAAAAUAAAAUAGAAGAAAGUAAACCUUGCGGCCAAAAAAAAAAAAAAAUGCAGGAAGAGUAGGGAGGAGUGCAGUGGGUCACCCAGGCAGCUCAGUCAAUAGAUUUCCCUCUUCCCAGACAGCCAUGGUGUUGCUCUGGGAAAGUUACCCAGCCCAUGCUAAUUGAGGUUAAUGUUCUCUUCUCACUCCUGAAAGAAGGGGCGACGGGCCCAUCUCCAGGCAGCCGCUUUAGCCGUCUGUCAUUGGCCCGGGAAGCUGGAAACGCCAGUGGACUCCCACACCUGGUUCUUGUCACUCUCGGUGUUUACAGAUCCACACUUCUUUUUGUGGUUCAUUCACAAGGAGUCACUUUCUGGACAUCUCCAUAAUGGCAUUGAGAUGUCAAGGCACUGUUUCCCCUCCACUACCACCAGCCCCAGGUGGUCACAGCCAGAGAAGUUGCUUUCUUGAUUUAUUACACCGUCAGUAAUCUCCAAGGAGCCAACAGAUGUCAGUAGGAGUUACGUUAAGUGUCUUGGUGAUGGGAGCUGAAUGCCGUGUGUACGUCCUGUACGGACAGAGCCUGUUUCUCAGCUGGGGGUCUGCAUCAGUAUCGCCUGAGGCCCUUUUUAUUUUCACAAGUACAAAUGCCUGGAGGUUGUGAAUCAGUCAGUCUGGAAGUCUGGAGUAGCGCCCAGCAUUCAGUUGAAAAGUUCCAUUAUGAUUAUAAUAUUUACUCCUCGUGAAGAACCGUUAUAAUAGGAACUUGCUUUAUUGAGGAUUUCCUGUUGCACAUUUUCACAAAUGGGUAUUUUUUUCUGACUGUAAGCAAGUGUAAUUACUGUACAGUUGAGCUGGUACCCAAACAGUAAAGAUGUUUUUUUGCUCAUAGCCAGCAUCUUGAAUUUUGAGUUUGUGUCGAUGGAGGGACCAUGGCAGAAAUCAUGCUGUCCCCAUCCUGACUAGGAUUCUCCUUUGUUUUGAUGACUAAACCCUAAACGGAAGAUUUAUUUAUUAUUGUCGCUUUGAAAUAAUAUAUAUAAAGGAGCCCUCAUUGAUCAAAACAGUAGCUAACAACUCUGCUAUUCAGCUAAAUUAGAUAGUGUACUGGUUCCUUCCCUCUACUUUCUCUAGAUUUAAAAAAAAAAAAAAAAGAAAACUUUGAAGUUACCUUAUGUGGUUAAAAUAAAUAUUGGUAAUUUAUAAUUGA